AUGAGCUUGGCAAGUGCCGCCGGUGUAUCGGCAAGCGCCAGAGCACUGGCGGCUGCCAUGUCGCCGCUUAAGACAGCUGAUGCCCAGGACUUGUUGAGGAAAGACCACUUGCCAGGCUUGCAGUUCCACUUGCAGCCGGACCAAGCUUUGUUCGAUGUGCUGCAAGCGCACACCGAUGAAGCACGGAAGAAUGGAAGAACUCCCUUCCAUUUCGUUGACCUGACGGCCAAGGAUACCCUGCCGCUGUGGGUGCCAAGUGACGGUGUGGGCGGCAAGUUCUCUUUGCGCGAGGAAGAAGAGUUGAGCCUGGCAAGCAAUUCUCCAAUUGGGAACUUAGGUGAUCUGACGAGGGUGCUAAAGAGCGCUACGUCUACGACCAGGUUCUUUAGGUCAGUUCCGCAAUGGACAGCAGCAUUCUGGAGAUGGGCGGUGGCAGCCAUUUCUGCACAGCACAUUACUUUGGCACAAGUUCUUGCUCAUCAGGACGUGGUGUUGUCGAUUUGUGAGCAGGAAAGGCUCAGAUCGCGACCGCCAUACGCGGGCUUCUUAUACGACGAGAUGGCUCGGAGACAAUGGGCUCGCAGAGCAGAGAAGAAGGAUCCUUCUUUUGACCUCACCGCAGAGACGCAGAAGGUGGACAAGGAUCUGAAGGAAGUGGUCAUGCAGAGGCUCGGGACAGUUCUGCGGUUGGCAGAGCUGGAGUACGAUGCGGUGGCAACUGCCUCAGGAUCCAGGGCAGGAGAGCAGCAGUUGUCUCAGCAACUUGCUGCUGCAGCGGCAGCGCAAAGGAAGGCUGAUGCAGUUACGAAAAGCUUGGCAUCUGCCCAAAAAGACAUCCUUGCCAAAGCCGCUGCUGCAGCAGCAAAGCCGAACGAGAGCGAUGAGACAGGUGAGAAGCAGCUCACAAACAAGCAAAGGAAAGCCAAGAACUGGUUCCUGAAACAGAAGGAGCGGCGAGAGCAGCAGUGGAACAAAAAGCAGAAAAGUGACUGCGUAUUGACGUUGGCCAUGUCUUUGACAGAUCUACAGACGCGCCAGCUAAAGCUUGUUGCCAUAGGCAACGAGCUGGCGUUGUUUUCCCUGAAGGUGUGCCAGUGCCAGGUCAAAAGCGGCAAGUUCUUUUCAAUCGAGAACCCUGAGCUGUCAUGGUUGUGGAUCCUCCUUCCAAUGAUUCAGCUGAGAAGGAGUCAGGGAGUAAGUACGGUGCGGGUCUUGUUUUCAGACUUCCAGGUGCCUUUCCGCAAGCCUACAGUGUUCGUGCAUAACUCUGAGUGUCUGCACGAGUUGGCAAAGAGUGAGUCGUCUUGGCACGGUCGCACAGUCAAGUUGCGAGGUCUGGCCAAGUACGAUGGAAAACUCCAGUUUCGGACCCGCUUGGCUCAAUCUUAUCCGCCUCUUCUUUGCAUCAAAUUUGCAGGUCUUGUGAGGGAGACCGUAGUGAAUAUGCGAGAGCGUGGAGAUUGGGAUGGGUGGGCGUCUGGCGUCGAUGCGUUGUCAUUCCAGCUUCCGGACUGUUUGCGCAUUGCUGAGGCGGAAGUUGUUGUGAACUGUUGUGGCGACUGGAUGUUCGUCCCGCAUGGCUUGGGGGCAAUGAAGGGUUUGUCACCACUUGAGCAUGUUGCAUUCUCGUUGUCUGCAUCCCACCCGUCUGAAAGUCGGAAGCAGCUUGAAGAGACGCUAAAAGAUGCAAUUGAGUUUGAGUGCGGGCAUGAAGUUGGUGAAAUUGAUGAAUUUCGUUGUUUUCGUCUCAAUCAGUUCUUGAGGCUGCACGCAAGCUUGCAGCAAGAACACCUUGAAUGGGUGCGGCAGGUCCCAACAGAGUUGCAAGGGCAUGCUGCAAAGAUACAUGGCCCGUUGUGGAAGGUCGUGUUGCAACAGUGUGGCAUACCUUGUGAACGAUUCUUGCAUGAUUUACAGUUUGGUUUUCCCCUCGUUGGCCAUUUGGCCCCAUGUGAAGGCGAAAGCGUCGCAUGCCAGUUUGAAGCCGCAGUUACUGUUGACGAGCUUGUGAACAGUCGGGGUGAUAUCAACGAGAGGGUGAUAGCUUCUGUGCGUGAGUUGCCUUUUUCCAGUGACAUUUUGAGCCAAGCACUGCAAGAUUCUGCGCAAGGAUUUAUGUCGACACCACGAGCUUUUACUCCGCAUGAUGCUUCGCAUCUGUCCUUGACGAGAAGGAUCCCGGUCAGGGAGGAGCGCUCGAAAGGUUGGAGGACCAGGGUGGUAGACCACAGCACUGAGAGUAUGGUCAAUGCUGCCACUGUUCCUUGCGACAGAAUCAAACAUCACACGUUGGAUGAUUUAGCGGACAUGGUCAUGUGCUUCUUCGAAAGUAACUGCCAGGUGAGCUUGUGGAAGGUUGACAUUUCACAGGCUUUCCGCCGCGUCCCUAUCAAGUCCGAGCAUAUGCAAUUUGCCUGGACCGUGUGGAUGCACUUAGGUUGCUUGCUCGUUGCUCAGCACACAGGCAUGCCUUUUGGUACCGUGUCAGCGGUUUACGCUUGGCAUCGUGUUGGUUUCAUGUUGUGCCAUGUCGUGCGUGUGUUGUUUCUGUGUCCAGCCGCCAGAUAUGUUGAUGAUUUUUUCGGAGCAUCACGCCGUGGUGUUCGAUGGAAUGCUGGACGUGUGCUUGCCGUGAUAUGCAAGUUGCUUGGUUUUCCUGUUGACGAUGAUAAAUCAGCAGAAGACGACAUUCGGCUGGUUAUCCUGGGUGCCGAAUGCGAAGUUGAUUGGCUCGAAGCAGCCAGCCCCAUCCAGGGAGGAUAUGGCCAAGGCGUCAGUUGCGCACUUGCGUUGCCCCGGCGAAAGCAGCGAAGUAUAGGUGACGCGUCCAAGUUGGCUGGUCGCCUGUCCUUUGCCGUGACAGUGCCGGGCAACAGAGUUGGACCUUUGCUGCAUGCUAUGAACGGGCAAGAGCAGGCACUCUGCAACCAAGUCUGGCUGGCCCAGAAUUGGGUUCAUGAGACAGUGAGGGCGUUCACGCGUCGUUUUGGCGAUCAGCUGGCCCGUCAACUUCGGACCGCAGAAGCAUUGCAAGUUAGUGCUCUGAUUCUCCACCGUUCUGGUGCGGGCGUUGUUCUGCAAUCUGAGGAAGUUUGGCAGAUGUUGCCCCGCGAGUGGGAAGCCAGGCGGCUUGUGUUGCUGAAGAAAUGGCGAAACAUUUGCCAACAGGACACGAAGACAGCAAAAGGACAUGGGGCGAAACCUUUUGGUAGCUACAAACCUGCUGCCUUCUUGCAGAAAGUUCUGGACCUCCGUGAGUCGUUGCGUCAGCUAGACAAGGCUGAUGAUUCGCAGAUGUGGCAUCACGAAACUGCGUUGGUGCUCAUGUCUAAAGGUUUUGAGUACCUUCAUCAGCUGGAUGGCUUACAAAGGCGAGACAUUGCCCGUUGGUCUGAUAACCCGAGAGUGCAAAGUUUAUUAAGUCUCGCUGUCACUGUGAUCAAUGAAUCCGCUGAGAGUAAAAGGCAGAAGCGUCACCAUGAGUUGGUGUCUGCCCAAGUUGCAGCAUUGUCGGCGGCUGACGUCGCAGAUCAGUCCCGCAAAGUGGCGGCGCAGAGUCCUGCGUGGCAAAGCGGAGGGCCUCGGGACCAGAUUGCUGCUUUGCGCCAUAUGGAUGAAGAGUCUCGGCUGUUGGUGCUGGAAGCACGGGCAGCCGAGCUGAAAACGCAGUUCUACACGGGUGAAAGGCUCACUGCCACUUCACCGUCUGAGGGACUCAAGGUUCUCCACAAGGUUUUGGCAGACCUGGACGUCCUUUCUGCUGGGGAGUGGAGAAGUCUGGCGGUGUUGAAGUACGUGGACGAAGAUGUCAUUGAAAACGCGGCCUUUUUGAGGGCGAUUGAUUCUGACGAAGAUGCCUAA